AUGGCUGGCAAAACACAGAGGCUAAGUGAUGAGGAGAGGAACCAGCUGUUGCCAAACCUGAGAGCUCUAGGGUGGAACGAGCUGGAAGGCAGAGAUGCUAUCUUCAAGCAGUUCCAUUUCAAAGACUUCAUUUGGGCCGUUGGCUUCAUGAUGAGGGUGGCCCUGCAGGCUCAGAAACUAGACCACCAUCCCGAAUGGUGUAACAUGUACAGUAAGGCCCACAUCACCCUGAGCACCCGUGAAUGUGCAGGCCUUUUAGAACAGGACAUAAACCUGGCCAGCUUCAUUGAACAAUUAGCAGUGUCCAUGACAUAG